AUGUGGCCAGGCAAGUCGGGGUCCUCCCCAAAGGCACCCAAGUCGCCUCCGACGGGCAAACCUCCGCCAUCGUCUCCGCAUCAACGCUCCGUCUCCGACUCAGGCUUCCAAGACCCAAAGUUGUGGGGUUCAGAAACACAAGGCGUACCGUGGAGGCCCAGCCUGCAAGGUACUGAUAUACAUAGCAUGAGCUCGCCAAUAGCAUCACCCUCCUCAGAGUUCCCCUUCGGGGCUAUGAGCCCGGCAGCUACGGACCGCGUCUUCCCUAUCAGAUCUGUGGUAUCUGUCGACCCGACACCUACAUCCAAGCCCAGGAUAGAUACGACUGGUGGAGACGGGUUUCCAGGCAUGUCUUUGCCAAGCAGUACUACUAGUGAACGCAAGCGUGAAUCUCGCCACUUCUCUACGGGCAGUGCAUCAGGACUCGAGUCGGAAUCAGAGACGCCAGCUACGGACUCCCCUUCCAGACGCCGACGGGAAUCAGGAGCCAAAUCAGCAUCCGUACAAGAUCCUGGCGAUCACUCACCCGGUGAGCGCAUGGGAGGAGCAAGACAGAUGCAGACAUUUGGCGAUUCCGAUUCUGUCAGAUCCCAGACUGCAGGCGAUACUCAAAGCAUUGCGGAGUCCGUCAGAAGCCAGGGUGACGAUGCUGGAGGUCUCUUCACGGCUCGAUUUAAGCAUGUUCUUACCGAGGAAGGCCACGCGGUCAUCAUUGGUCGGGACGGUGACACACUUCAGCGUUGCGAAGAUGAGCCUAUACAUAUACCGGGUGCUGUGCAAGGUUUUGGCUUACUCAUUGCUCUCCAGGAAAUCGAGGAGGGCAAAUUUCAAGUCCGAAUUGUCAGCGAAAAUUCCAAAAGGAUAAUCGGCUAUACUCCCAAACAACUAUUUGCUCUUGAGAGCUUUACCGACAUACUUUCCGAUGAGCAGACCGACAAUCUCUUGGACCACGUUGACUUCAUCAGAGACGAGGACGCUGAUCCAGCUACGAACGGACCCGAAGUCUUCACUUUGGCAAUUCGUUCGCCUGCGAGGAAAAUGCACAAGAUGUGGUGCGCUAUGCAUUCCAACGAGAACAACCGCGAUCUGAUCAUUUGCGAAUUUGAACUGGAAGAUGAUCCCAUCAAUCCCUUGGUACCACCGGGCGAAGGCACUCCAGAGCCUCCGGAAGAUACGUUACAUGGCGAACCAACCCCUGAAGAGUUUGCGGAGAGUACUGUCAACGCAAGUAAACCAUUACGAGUCCUACGAAGCGCAAGGAAGCGCAAAGGCGAAGCCGCAGCGAUGGAGGUCUUCAACAUUAUGUCACAAGUGCAGGAACAGCUAGCCAGCGCUACGACUCUCGACGCCUUCCUCAAGACUCUGGUUGGCGUUGUCAAAGAAUUGACCGGGUUUCACCGGGUCAUGGUAUAUCAAUUCGAUCAAGCGUGGAACGGAAGAGUGGUGACCGAGCUUGUGGAUCCAAGAGCGACCAAAGACCUAUAUAAAGGUCUGAAUUUUCCGGCGUCUGACAUACCCAAGCAGGCUCGAGAUCUCUACAAAGUCAACAAAGUGAGACUAUUGUAUGAUCGUGAUCAGGAGACCGCCCGUUUGGUAUGUCGAACGAUUGAGGACCUCGAGACCCCGCUGGAUCUCACUUUUGCCUACCUUCGUGCGAUGUCGCCAAUCCACAUCAAGUAUCUCGCGAACAUGGCUGUUCGUGCUUCAAUGUCCAUAUCGAUCAACGCCUUUGACGAGCUGUGGGGUCUCAUCGCUUGUCACUCCUAUGGUUCAAAGGGGAUGCGCGUGUCCUUCCCCAUCCGUAAAAUGUGCAGGCUUGUGGGAGACUCGGCAUCAAGGAACAUCGAACGAUUAUCGUACGCCUCGCGACUGCAAGCGCGCAAGCUCAUCAACACCGUACCUACAGAGCGCAACCCUUCUGGAUACAUCAUUGCGUCCUCGGAUGACCUUCUAAAACUGUUCGAUGCGGACAAUGGCCUUCUCUCGAUUCGGGAUGAGACCAAGAUUCUGGGAAGGCUCGAACAGACACAAGAAGCUCUUGCUAUGCUCGAAUAUCUAAGGCUCAGGAAGAUCACUUCAGUAAUCAAUUCGACGGAUAUAAGCAUAGAUUUUCCGGAUCUGCGUUAUUCACCGGGAAUCUCUGUCAUUGCUGGACUACUUCUCGUCCCACUAUCAAUUUCUGGCAGUGACUUUAUCGUGUUUUUCAGGAGAAGUCGAACCCAAGAAGUUAAGUGGGCGGGCAACCCUUACGAAAAAUUCGUCAGGGAGGGGACAGAAGGGUACCUCGAACCCAGGAAGAGUUUUAGAACCUGGACCGAGACUGUUGUUGGCAAAUGCCGCGAGUGGACCGAAGAGCAGAUUGAGACAGCCGCUGUGCUAUGUUUAGUGUAUGGGAAGUUCAUUGAAGUUUGGAGGCAAAAGGAAGCUGCAUUACAGAACAGCGAAUUGACAAAACUCCUACUUGCAAACUCAGCGCACGAAGUGAGAACGCCGUUGAACGCCAUUAUAAAUUAUCUUGAGAUUGCGCUAGAAGGCGCCAUUGACCAAGAAACUCGGGACAAUCUAACCAGAUCACAUUCCGCAUCCAAAUCACUCAUCUAUGUUAUCAAUGAUCUCCUUGAUUUGACGAAGACAGAGGAAGGCCACAACUUGAUCAAAAAGGAGGUCUUCGAUCUGCCUGCUACCGUCAAAGAAGCGACGGAUUCGUUCACGGGCGAUGCCAAGCGCAAGCAAAUCGAGUAUGCGGUUGUGGAACAUCCAGGAGUCCCUCAAUUCGUCGUGGGCGAUCAACGGCGCGUGAGACAAGCAAUCUCUAACGUCACAGCCAAUGCCAUUCAACACACAUCGAACGGUGCUGUCAAGGUAGAGUUAUGGUUGGCGAACAGCCACGAACACCGCGUAGACAUUGAAAUCGUCGUACAAGAUACUGGAGCAGGGAUGAGCGCCGAGAAGCUCGAUGCAUUGUUCAACGACCUCGAGCAGGUACAAACGGAAAGCGAUGAAGGACUACAAGAAAAGCUAGCCGGGAACACUAAAGCCAUAGAGGGCAAAGGAGACUCCAAGAAAACUCUCGGUCUCGGUCUCGCACUUGUCGCUCGUAUAGUACGAAAUAUGAACGGCCAGCUAAGACUUAAAUCUGAAGAAGGCAAAGGAUCACGCUUCGUGAUACAGUUAAAUUUUGAACUACCGAAGGAGGAUAAGAAAACCGCUUUCCUUGAUGACAUCAACGAAGCGGGCGUGGGGCCACCUCUGAAUCAGCCUUCAACGCCGCCCAUUGAGACUGGUGAGGUCAUGCUCGUCAACAAAAGUGCACAAAAGCCACUUCCAGAGACCCUGAAGGACAUAGUGCACCGGAGAAGUGCCGAGAAUUUACGGAGCAUAGGCAGUAUGAAGAGCUUUAAGAGUGGGGAAAGUGCAAGGAAUGACGUUGACAGAAUGAUUGAAGCGAUUCAAGAGCCGACUACGGUAGCAACAGGGUCCUCAGGCGACGGCGAGUACGAAGGACGUUCAGGAAGUCGUGGUAGCGGUCGACAGCAAGGUCCAUCAUCGUCUUUACGACGACCGGUGAGCGGAACCACGCAGGCCCACUCUACGAGCCUGACUCUCCCCACGUCGUCAGACCAAGUGCUUCAACAACGGGAAGUUCCUGGACUAGCAAAUGUGACGGAUUCGAAAACCCCCAUUAGACCCAUUCGGUUGCCAGGCGAAACUAGCACAGACUCCCCAGAACCGGAGUACCCACCUCGAGAAUCAGACUUAUCGGCACGAACACCGUCGCGAGUCUUGUUUGAUAUUCCCGACAAAAAUGCGAAAGUGGAGCCGCCAAAUGCAGAGAGGCUUCAGGUACUGGUCGCGGAAGAUGACCCCAUCAACAGCAAGAUCAUCAAGAAAAGGUUGGAGAAGGUCGGCCAUGAAGUCUACCUGACCAUCAAUGGCGAAGAAUGCUCCAGCACAUAUGGAGAAAGGCCCGCUUUCUUUGAUGUUGUCUUGAUGGACAUGCAGAUGCCUAUUGUGGACGGUCUAACCUCGACCAAAAUGAUUCGAUCAUUUGAAAAAUCAUUCCCUGAUGAGUUUCUGUCAAACCGUGCAGCUUUGAACGGCAGGGUACCUAUAUUUGCCGUAUCAGCCUCAUUGAUUGAAAAGAAUCGUCAGGUCUACAUAAAUGCAGGCUUCGACGGCUGGAUCCUUAAGCCUAUUGAUUUCAAAAGACUAACAGUAAUAAUGUCGGGAAUUGUGGAAGAGAAAACGCGGGAGAGCUGCUUGUACGCGCCUGGCAAGUGGGAGCGAGGUGGGUGGUUUGCGAAACGACAACCUGAUGUUUUUACUUCAUCUACGAAACCUUCGUCCAAGGCAUCUGUCUCAUCCUCGAAAACGCUCGAAUCUUAUCCUGCGCAGUCGAAAGAAGACUCAACUGACAAAGAGCGAGAUCGGCUCAACCAGCUUGACAAUGAUGCCGUUCACGCCGACUCUGCACCCCAGAAUCCCGGCCGCUCCGGUAAUAUCGAGUAUGCCGUGGCGUCUAGUAGCACAAGCCAACCCUGA